CCCGCGCCCAUAUCAUUCCAUCCUUCCCCUCCGGCGCCCUCGACCCUCCCGACGUUUUCCUUACGACCUGCGAGGAGCACAGACAUACUCCACACCGAACACUCAUUAUGGUCCCCGCUCGCCCACUCGCCAGUCGGCGCAGCGUGCUGUGGGCGCUCCUGCCCGUGGUCGCCCUUGUCACGACCGUCUACCAUUUCCGCUCGUUUGAAGACAUCUACACCCUCGCGCCCGAAGAGGGCAUUCCCGUCGAACUCUCACACGACGUCGAUUCCCCACCCGCGGUCGAGGUCGAGGUCGCGGUCGCAGAACCUACUUCACCAUGGUGUCAGGUCGGCGAGUGCGCUGUCGGCCGCUGGGUACCACGGACACCACAGUUUGAGACGCUGGAGGAGAUGCAGGCCGCGUACAUGAACCACUACGAGGAUCCCUGGUCACACUGCCCGGUCUACAUGGACGUGAACGGGCAUCUCAUACCGGACGACGAGAAGCCAGCACUCCAGGCGCAGCGCAUCGUCGACCUCCUCAACUGGGAGUGGCAGCCGGACCGCGGAAAACUGCUGGACACGAACUUCGAGGACUUCAUGGUCCGCUUGCUGCGAAGUCCGGGGGGCCUGGUCAUGAUCGGCGAUUCUAUCACCCGCCAGCACCAUGUCGCGCUCACGUACAUGGUCCGCCAGCUCAACCUCACCUUCAUCCUGAACCCGGACUGGAUAGAGUACACGGACGUCAACCACGUCCACCAGUUCGUCCUGCACCCCUCCGCCCAGGCGACCGCGCUCAUGGAGAAGGCCGGCGUGCCGCCGUCGCGCCUAAAGCGGCCGUUCCUCACGCUCAUCCAGAACCAUCUUUCCCUCAGCGAGGCGGAUGUGCGAAUGGUCACGCAUGCCGACCCGAACUAUGUUUGGAAGCACGCCCAGGCGCGUGUCGAUGACUGGGACAAGAUCGUCAAGCACCUUGCUACCCCCGCCCCCGGCGAGGACGACACCGUGACUGAGGACACCGUCGUGCUCUUCAACUCUGGCGCUCAUUGGUCCCGCGGCGUUCUGUACCUGAUUCCCCAAUCGACGUUGGAAGAAGAGCAUCGCAUACUUACGGAGGCCUAUCGAAAGAUGGCUCGGAUACAUAUCGAGCGCCUCCGCUCUGUGCCCCGUGCGAAGAUAUUCUUCCGCUCUACGUCACCCGGGCACCCGUCCUGUCAACGGCUCACCCGGCCGUACCCUAACAUCGUCCAGGCGGAAACCGCGGAAGCCGACCCCUCCAAGCGGCUCAUGGUGACGGGAAAGAACAAAGAGGAGCGCUUCACCUUCGCGCGCUGGGACUGGGACCAGUUCGCGCCGCACAACGAGAUUUUCCGCGAGGAGAUCGCGCGCGAGAACGCGAGGCAGAGCGCGCCGCGGGGCCGCCCGCCGCGGUGGCACUAUCUCGACGUGUACAACAUCGCGCUGCAGCGGCCGGAUGCGCAUUGGGAGCCGGGGAAGGAUUGCUUGCAUUGGUGUACGCCGGUUGUGGUCGAUGAGUGGACGAGGCAACUGUUGCAUCAGCUUGCGCUGGUCGAGGGUCGGUUGCCGGACGCAUAGACGCGUGAGGGCUGCUCAGCCUUCUCGCUGAGCGCUAGGAUAUUCGAUUGGUCCGACGUAUCUGACUUCGCCUAACGAAGAGGACUCUUGGUUGGUCAGCUAUCAUCAUCGCGCCGCGACCGCAGUAGACGUAGAUCUCGCUGACUUGUUUACGUUGCCGGUUGGAUGCGGCAACAGAGCUGUGUAUAUGGACCAUAGGGUGGGUAUCUACCAACGAUCAUUGGCUUGGUUGACUAGGAUAUGGAAAGUGUAAUUAUGGCGGCUGGCCUAUUGUACUUGGUCAGGCGCAGGCUCAAAUAGGUACAUCACUAUUCUUGACGGAAUAUACGGGCUAUGCGUAAUGGGACGGUUGCUUGGGAUACGGGCGGUGCUCGCUCAUCGGAC